CAGUUUGCGCUGCAACUUCUGUGGCCCAGGGAGAGAUGGGAUUGAAAAAUGGGGGCGAAUGUAGAGGAUAGUUUGUUGUGAAUUCAGAGUCCUACAAAUGUAAUUGUUAUAACGAGUUUGCAGUGCUGAAAAGAUACGGAUUCACAUUAGGCGCCACGCUGCGUUUAUUGUCGACUGGAUCACGUAGCCAAAUGGCAGGUGAAGCGGCAGUAGUCCUUAUCAAAGAGGUGGAGGAGGAGGACUAUGGAGAGUUUGGGUCUUCAGGCAGUGGCCCUUAGUGAUGGCUCCACAGCAUACAUUCAGCAGGCCAUCAGUGAUGGCAACCUUGUGGAGGGAGACACGAUACAACUGGAAGACGGCACCACUGCUUACAUCCAGCAAGUCACUGUGAAGGAGCCAGAGCCUCCCUUUGAGGAUGGGCAAGCUGUCCAGCUGGAAGAUGGAACGACAGCAUACAUUCACCACACACCCAAAGAUGGCUACGACCCCAGUGCGGUGGAGGCGGUGCAGCUGGAGGAUGGCAGCACGGCGUACAUCCACCAUCCCAGUGGGCUGCAGACAGGAGGAGGAGGAGGAGCAGCAGUCGCUGUGCUGGAGGACAUAGCCACAGGCGAGCAGGUGGACGCGGACACCAUCGCCUGCCUGGAGUCCUACUCUGCCAAGCUAACAGCAGAAGGACAGAACAACAAGAGGAUGAACAGCAUCAACGGGCAUCAGGAACCCACGUCUGUGCAGGUGACAUUUGAUGGGAAGUCGUGGAGUUCCUCCAGAGUCCAGACUGGAGAGAAAAGCUUCCGCUGUGAUUACGAGGGCUGUGGGAGGCUCUACACCACCGCUCAUCACCUCAAGGUGCACGAGCGGGCGCAUACAGGGGACCGUCCGUACCGCUGUGAGAUGGUGUCGUGCGGGAAGGCCUUCGCCACCGGCUACGGCCUCAAGAGCCACCUGCGCACGCACACGGGAGAGAAGCCCUACAAGUGCCCCGAGGACAUGUGCUUCAAGGCCUUCAAGACCUCCGGGGACUUGCAGAAACAUGUUCGCACACACACAGGUGAGAAGCCGUUCAAGUGCCCGUUCGAGGGCUGUGGGCGCUCCUUCACCACCUCCAACAUCCGCAAGGUCCACAUCCGCACCCAUACGGGGGAGAGGCCCUACAUGUGCCCCGAGCCCAGCUGCGGACGAGGCUUCGCCAGCGCCACCAACUACAAGAACCACAUGCGGAUACACACAGGAGAGAAGCCUUACAUGUGUACUGUGCCCGGCUGUGGCAAGCGCUUCACGGAGUACUCCAGCCUGUACAAGCACCACGUGGUGCACACGCACUGCAAGCCCUACACCUGCAACCACUGUGGAAAGACGUACCGCCAGACCUCCACGCUGGCCAUGCACAAGCGCACCUCACACGGGGACUAUGAGGCCCCCGAUGAAGCAGACGGAGAGGUCAUGGACAUGCCCCUGAAGCUGCAGCAGGAGGAUGGGGCGGAGCAGGAGGACGCCGGCGUGCAGAUGGCCACGGAAGGCAUCAUGGGAUCUCAGGUCAGGCUGUCAGCCGAGGAGCUCCAGGCUCUUGGCACAGCCAUCACCAUGGUUACGCAGGACGGUACCACCAUCACGGUCCCCACGCAGCAGGGUGACAUCAUCGGCGGCACGCCACAGCAGCAUCAUGUCACCAUGGUUACCGGCGAUGGCAAUGAACUGCAGCCGGUUGCCAUAGUAACAUCGGAAGCGAUUAUGAGCGGCGGGUCAGAGAUGUCGUCACCUCACUACCAACAGGUGGCGCUGCUGGCUACAGCGAACGGCACCCAGAUCGCCGUGCAGUUGGAAGAGCAGCAGAGUUUGGAGGAGGCCAUCAGCAUGGCGACUGCUGCUAUUCAGCAGGGCGGUCUGGCACAGGACGGCAGCAUCACUGAAAAUGGCUGCUGAACGAACCCCCGAGCCUCCAUGCACACACAGGGAGCAUGCCCCCGUAGUCACAUGUCAAGUGGAUUGUCCAUAGAUCCAGUCGGCACCUCUGGUAUUCUCUGGCCUGCAUGUUUUCACCCCCAAAUGCUCCACCCGCUGGUCAUGCAUUGCCAAUCACUGCCAGUCAUUAGACAUAUUGAUUGGACACUACAUACAGCGUGUGGAGCAUACGUAGGGGAAAUCGAGCACUUUAAUGGGUGGGCCAGAGGUGCCAACUGGGUCUAUAGAGAAAGCCAGAGCCACCCAGACCCCUGAACUCUCUCUCACUCCUCCCAUAUCACCUGGCCAGGUGGCCAACAAGCACUUACAAUGUCUCCAGGACUCCCAAGGAAACGCCAACCUCUUUCACGCAGGCAUAACAUACCAAGACUUGAUUGAGCGAAGCAGAAAAAUGAGUUGUGCAAAUCAGUGAAUCAGAAAUGAGAAUGAACUUCACGUGUCGCAAUCAAUGUAACGACAUGUUGAGACCCUUAAAUCUUAUUAAUUUACAGGAUCGUCUUUUGUGUGUGUGUGUGUGUGUGUGUGUGUAGGUUUUUUUUUGUCGUUUGUUUUAUCGGGUUGGGCCGUACUCCUGAGUCUCCUUGCCCACAACGCGACCGAUCAGGGCUGAGAACAUUGAAUUGUGUGUGUGUGUCGUGUGUGUGUCGUGUGUGUGUGUGUUCCAAAACCCCAUAAGGCCUGGAGCCUAUUGGAGAGCUUUUUUGGAGGAAUGUGAAGCCGGUCUGUGACUUAAGGUCAUUCACAUGGCUGUGAAUGAAUGCAAUAGUGCAUAGCUGCAAGUUGAAGGGCUGCCAUUUUGAGCCAAUAUCAAUGAACUUUAAUAUAUCUCUUAUUUAGGUGAGUGAUGUUUACAUUUGCCAAUAAAUAUAGCUUUACACUUUC